AUGGCCUCGACCUUACCGACACUGCCAGCGAACGGCAUGGAGGGCGCUGGCUACGUGUGGGUGCUCGAACACCUUCUCGCAUACCCUGGAACGUAUGAGAUCCCUUUGCGCACUAUGUACACACUCAACUGCAGCACGGCGACCCCUCCAUCACAAUCUUCAUCACCAAAGCUGUCAGGAAAUGCCUUCGCCACGCCAACUUCAUCAUCGCAGGAAGAUCAGAACAAGAUCACUCAGACGGCAGCCGCUCAGCUUAAAGCAUCACUGAUGCAGCACAUCACGCAGCUUCCCCACCAACCGACCUCGCUACCUCCAAGCUUCAUCACCUCGUUCGUCCGCCGUUGCUUUCCCGAAAAUGUCGAAGGUGUCGACUUCGCGCAGACAUUGACUGCUCUUGACUAUCUCAAGGAUUUGGAAGUGAGACGACGGCGGGAGGUUGUCGCUGCUCUCGAUAAGCUGGGUAUAUCGAGAGACGACAUCUGUCAACGCGAGACACUGGCAAAGAAGUACCCAGGAGUGAUGCAGUGGAUCGAGGGCAUCGAGGACAAGGAACGAAAGGUUGAGAGCCUCUACACUCAGGUCUACCUGGGCAUAAGACGGUGGGCGAUGAUCAAUGAGCUAUCGCUGGUUCCCUUCAACAAGGUCAACUGCAUAGCUAUGCUGAACACUCUCUACCCACCUUCUAUGGUGCAUCCGGCUACAUUCAUACAGCCCACUGUACAGCUGACGGCGACUGUUCUUUCCACGCAGCGACAAGGCUUUUUCCGCUACAUCAAUGGUGUCGAAAAGACCGGUGCUGGCAUCUUGCGCAGACUGAUGGAAGAACACAAGCGCGAAGGAGAGCUGACUGGAUGGCCUGUUGUCCGAGAGACUCUUGACAACUACCUGCGAAUGGCGAACAGCAUUAUUGAGGAGAGCUUUGAAGUCACUGGAAAUUGCGUCUCCCCUACGACUUCGGACUUCGAGCACAAGGUCGAGGAGGACGUACGCCGUAAGGUGGACUCUGGUAUCUCUUUCGGCUCUAGCAAUUCGUCGAACCGCAAUUCUGCACAAUCUGAGAAGAGUCACGCCACUCGUCCAAGCACCAGUAGCAGCCUCAGUACUCACAGUCGCAAAGCCUCGAAUGAUAAGCCUGUCGAUGAUGACGACGAUGUCACUCUCACUGGCAAGACUCCAGGCACCACACUAGAGCGCAUAGCUCGUGAGCUACGUCGCAUGAAGUCCAGUAAGAGCGUGCGGGAUGCUGGGGCCAGCCGCAUAGCAUCCGUCAAUCUCGAACCUGCCGAUGUUGCCAUCCCGGCAACCCCAACAGAGCCCAACGCACCAGCAACCGGCCGGCCGCGUGGUCUCAGCAUCAAGCGAAGUUUGCGAAACAUGCGCUCAAAGACUGCCCUGCGCGUAGAAGAGCCAAGUCGACCAUCGAGCAGGAUCGAGGGCGAUCAGCAGGGUGCUAUUCCUGCUUUCGAUGCAGAGGAGAUGAGACGUCGACGGAUGAUUUGGGAAGCUCAGCACACCAAGAAGAACUCUGAAGGCAUGUUCUGA